AUGGGACGAGGGCCUAGUCUGAGCGUAGAAAAACGUGCAGCAGUUACUGCGUUACGUAAUGAUGGUCGCAGCGUACGUUAUAUUGCGGAAAAACUGAAUAUACCGCGGUCUACCGUAGGUGAUGCUAUUACUCGCUUUGAAAGAACCGGCUGUAAUAAGGACAAGACCCGCACUGAGAGGCCUAGAGUCACUUUCAAAUCAGAGGAUCAGUCCCUAGUCUUAAUGCCGGUCUUUGGGGCAGAGUUUCCACUAGAAAGUCGCUUCUCCGGCGCGGAAGUAGGUCGAAGAGACUUCAGUGGGCUCACAAUCGCAAGGACUGGACCAUCGAAGACCGGAAACGAGUUUUACGGACUGACGAAUCGAAGUUCGAAGUUUUUGUUAAAACAUGGCGGAGAAUCUGUGAUGGUUUGGGGACGUUUUAGUUAUACAAGCGUGGGAGAUCUUCAUAGAAUAAAGGGAAUACUUGAACAAAAAGGCUACCAUUCGAUCCCGAGUAGGCAUUGUAUCCCAUCCGGUAAACAUUUAAUUGAUCAUGGAUUUAUCAUGCAGCAAGAUCCCAAUGAUCCCAAACACACUUCUAAAUUAUAUUAUAGCCAUCUGCAUCGCAAAGAGGAAAGCGGAGAGCUUAAAAUGAUGGUGUGUCAAUCUCCAGAUCUUAAUCCCAUAGAACUUCUGUGGGAUGAACUUGAUCGCCGGGUCAGGAAGGUUUGUCCCACAUCUUAG